GACAGGCCUAUUGAUAGUCUUGUUAUUAUGAAUUAUUUUUAUAUAAGAUGCCGUUAUAGAAAAUAAAUACUGGAGUUCGCACUCUCAAGAUCAAGACAAAGACAAAAACUUUAGAUUCAAAGUUCAUGUAUCAUACAUGAAAAUACGUACACGAUUUUUCAUCAUUUUCCCUCAAUAACCUCCCUCUCCUUUGCUCUUGUUAGUCAGUGUCACCAUGGUGUCACACACAACAUGCAACAUUUAUAAUAGGCUUCACUUGCGUCUUCAAACUAGUCGAGCCGUGUCAAACAAAAUAAAUAGUUCUUAUUUCACCUGGCUAUUUCAACAACAUAAUAUGGCUGAUGAAAGUGAAAUUGCUGUGGAAGUCAAAUUCAAACCUAAAAAGCCUAGAAACUUGCGUAAAAGAAUAAAAGAUGAAGAUUCUGACGAUGAAGAAGUUAUAUUGGCGAAGUUGGAGGAGGCUAAGGAAAUACAAAAGCUUAGAGAAAGACCAAAUGGCGUCAAUAUUAUUGCUUUAGCUACUGGUCAGAAAGUGACGAUAGAAGAAGAAAUUACGUCUAAGGAUCCGUUUAAAGUGAAGUCUGGUGGGAUGGUCAACAUGCAAGCUUUGAAAAGUGGAAAAGUGAAGCAAGUUGAUGAUGCAUAUGAUACUGGUAUAGGAACCCAGUUCUCCGCAGAAACGAAUAAACGAGAUGAGGACGAAGAGAUGAUGAAGUAUAUUGAGGAACAGUUAGCUAAACGGAAAGAGGGCCACAAUAAUGACCAGAAAGACUCUGAACAUAAUGAUUCUUUAAAAUACUUAUCCCCGGAAGAAGCUGCUUUGCUCUCACUUCCUGAACAUUUAAGAGUGUCCUCCACUCAUCGCUCCGAAGAGAUGCUUUCCAAUCAAAUGUUAAGCGGGAUCCCUGAGGUAGACCUAGGAAUAGAUGCUAAAAUAAAGAAUAUUGAAGCCACAGAAGAAGCGAAAAUGAAACUUCUUUGGGAGCGUCAGAAUAAAAAGGAUGGCCCUUCACAAUUUGUACCUACAAAUAUGGCUGUUAAUUUUGUACAACAUAAUAGAUUUAAUAUAGAUGAUAAUGCAAAGAAAAGAAGAGUGGAAAAACCUGAAACUGCCAAGCCAGAGAGCAGUGUAAUAGAUGCUAAUGUAGAUAAAAUUGUGAAGAAAGCGAAGGGUGAAAGAGCUACAGAUGACUACCAUUAUGAAAGGUUCAAGAAGCAAUUUAGGAGAUAUUGAAAAUGUUUUAGAUACUGUUGUGACCUCAAAGAUUUUAUUCGAACCCAUUACUAUCGCUUCUUGGGAAGCAAUACUGAACACAAGGAAGCUUAAGUUUUAGUUAAUCGGAUGGUCAGGUACAAUGUGAAGUGUUGAGCCAGUUUAGUAAAUGGUAAUUAUAUAUAUUACAUAUUGUAUAAACACAAUGAAAUAGUAUCGUAAACAUAUUGGGAGCCUUGUAAAGCAUAUUUUCUAAAUUGUGUAUAUGAAAUAAUUAUUUUUUACUAUUUGCCUGGAGGCAUCCCUCAGGUAAAGCCAUCAUAAAUUAUGCACCUAAACCUUCCUCAGUAAUGACACAAUGUAUUUAAAAAAACUGGCAUUUCAUUGAAAUCAUCCAUAUAGGUAGUAUAUUUUUCAUUCACAUAGUAUAUUUAUUGUAUUUUUAUUAACUACUAGCUGCACACCGAUGUGUUGGUUACGUUUUUAUGCACGGUAUCGCCAUCUACUUUGUAAAGUUUUUGACCAAAUCCUACGGGAUGCAUACCUACUUUCCGGAUAUAAGUUCUCCCAAAGUACCAGCUAACUCAAUACCAGAUUUCUUAAAAAUUGGCCAAGCCAAAGGUCCCGGUUGAUUCACAUUGCGAUUUGUAUUAUUGCUUCACAUCGGGAAAAAAUCCUGUUUAGCAGUGCUACUCAAUGGCACUCUGUAUUCCCGUUCUGUAAUACUUACGAAGAUUAAAAGAAAACAAGCCUAAGGGUGAUAGGUUUUAUUUGUAUAUUUUAUUUUAUUACAAUACUAGCUGAUGCCUGCGACUUCGUUCUCGUGGCCGAAUAAUUUUUGGUAAGGUUUGGUAAAGAAAUUUAAUUAUACAGACAAAUGUAACGAUACCAAAUACAUACAGACAGAAGAUGCUAAUCAGACUGAAAAAGUAUACUUUCUAUAGUUUAACUGAACUAUUAUGACUCUUCUUCAGGUAUUCCAGACCUUCGAUUUUUAUACCUCAACAGAAAAUGCUCAUCAGGCUGAAUAACUUUUGUUAAGGGCUUAUUUCAAUAUUUCCUAUAGUUUUGCCGUACUAUCAUUGUUCUCCAUCAGGUGUUCCAGUUUUCAAAAUAAUUUAUACCCUAUAUGUUGCCCAGGCUUAAUAGCUAUAUAACAAAAAAAGUUUCAUUCAAAUACGUCCAGUUGUUCCGAAGAUUAGCGUGUACAGACAGAUUUUUUUUCAAAUUCUUACUCUGUUGCUGUGACUCUAAUAAUUAAUUAAUAAUAAUUUUAUUUUUAUGUCAAUUUAUUCAAUGUACAGGAAAGUGAAAGUAAAAGUGUGAAUAAUACCUAUGUAAAUAUCUAAUAUGUCUAUUUACAUAGGUACUAUUUUAGAACAACUGAUGAACAAAACAUACGAAUGUUUUGUCUCUAUUACACACUUGACUUAAUUCUGAUAGGUACCUAGUAAAAAAACUUUAUUUUUAUGAAUACAUUCAGCCGAAUAUAAUAGUAUUCAUAAAACGAAAGCUUUUCUACUGGGUAUCGUAAUUGAUCAGGAUUGCAUUCCUAAAUUAAUUUAAAUAUAAAUUAAUAAAGACAUGAGGUGUUUGAAUAUUUAACAAUACUUA